AGAAUGAUCUUCACCAGAGAUUAAUAGUAAUUCACACUGUUUGUAAUAUACAGUGGCGAUGCACUCGUUUAAUUAUUCGAAGCAUGCAGAAAUGGAAGAUGUUUAAUCCAACUACAUUCCGCCACCAUCAAAACCGGAAUAACCGCGUCCUCAAAAGCUAUUGCAGAAACAAACGGUACAAAGAAACCCUGUCUCUGUUUUCCCUUAUGUUCUUGUCCGAAAAACCGGAUCUUUACUCGAUUCCUGUCGCUCUCAAGGCGUGUGCCGGCCUAAAAGCGCUUGAAUUUGGGAAGGCGAUUCACGGCUUCUCCAAGAAGAAUGGCCAGAUUGGUAGCAACUUGUUUGUUGGGUCGGCUUUAAUGGACAUGUAUGCGAAAUGUGGAGCAAUGGAUGAGUCGUUGCGUGUGUUUGAGGAGUAUUCUGAGCCGGAUACGGUUUUGUGGACUACGGUUGUCACAGGGUUUGAGCAGAAUGGGCGGAGCGUGGAGGCGCUGGAGUGUUUUGCUCGAAUGGCAAUGGCGAAAGGUGUUGUGAUCGAUGAUGUUGCUCUCGUUGGCGUGCUAUCUGCUUGUGUGCGGUUGUUGGACUUGAAGGCGGGGAAGAGUAUUCAUGGUUAUAUGAUAAGGGUGGGAUUGCGGAGGGACUUAAACUUGUCGAAUGCAUUGCUGAAUUUGUAUGAAAAGACGGGUUCAGUUGAUUCUGCCGCGAGAUUGUUUGGGGAAAUGGAAGAGAGAGAUGUGAUUUCAUGGGGUUCUAUGAUUGCUUGCUAUGCUCAUCAUGGAGGUGCUGAGGAAGCACUUGGUCUUUUCGAUGCGAUGGUGGCUGGAGGAAUCGAGCCCAAUGCCGUUGUUCUGAUAAGUGCUUUGCAAGCGUGUGAAGCUACCUGUAGGUUAGAUGAGGGUAGAAGGAUACGCGAACUUGCUGCAAGAAACGGGUUGGAUGCGGAUUUCUUGGUUUCCACAGCUCUGAUUUCCAUGUACAUGAGCUGCUCUGCCCCUGAUGAAGCGGCUGAGGUGUUUCAACGGAUGCCUGAGAAAGACGCGGUCUGUUUCUCAGCAAUGCUGCACGGAUGCGUUCAGAAUGAGAGGGCGUGCGAGUCCAUUGGAGUUCUACGUGCUAUGCUGGCUAAGAAUUUUCGACUGGAUGCUUUUGAUGUGGUUAAAAUCCUGACUGCUUGUUCGGAGCUAGGCGUUCUUCAGCAGACGAGCUGCUUCCAUGGUUUUGUGAUCAGGUGCGGCUUAGGCGAUGAUUCAUUCGUUUGUGCUUCACUGAUAGAAUCUUAUGCAAAAUGUGGUAGCUUGGAUGGUGCUAUUGCAGUUUUCGGACAGGUAAAAGAUCGAGAUGUUGUUAUGUGGAGCUCAAUGCUAGCAGCAUACGGCAUCCAUGGGAGAGGCAGGGAGGCUCUGGAUUUGUUCGAUGAGAUGAUCAAGAACUCGGGAGUUAUGCCGAAUGAGGUAUCAUUCCUUUCCAUCUUGUCUGCAUGUAGUCAUGCUGGUCUGAUUCAAGAAGGCAUUCACAUGUUCAACAUGAUGGUGAAGGGCUACAAGAUAACACCAAACUUGAAGCAUUGUGGAAUAGUGGUCGACCUCCUUGGCCGCGUGGGAGAGGUGGAGAAGGCCAUGGGGUUUAUCAGUGGAAUGGCGGAUUGUGGUGAUGCCGGUGUCUGGGGAGCCUUGCUCGGCUCAUGCCGGGUUCAUCGAAACAGGGAGAUAGCAGAAAUUGUUGGGAAGAAACUGGUUGAGUUGGAUGCCUCUGAUGCUGGUUAUUAUGUUCUGUUAUCAAAUAUGUACGCUGCUGAUGAGAAGUGGGGCGAAGUAGCUCGAGUUCGAGGAUUAUUCGAGGAGAAGCGAUUGAAGAAGGUAUCGGGCAGAAGUGUGAUUGAAGUGAGGGAUGAAGUGUGCAGUUUUGUAGCAAAUGACAGAUAUCAUCAAGACUCCAAGCAGAUCUAUGGUUUUCUGGGAAUAUUACACAGCAUGAUGAGAGAGAAGUUUGAUGUUUUUGGUGUUGAAAUGGACAGUGUUGCUUAAUAUGUGAGCUUGGAUUGCUAAAUCUUGGUCCUCAUAUAUUUACAUGGUGAUUGGUGACUGAUACUUUCUUGUGGCUUUGGGGAUUUUAAGUGUAAAAAUUAUGAUAUUCAUACAACUUCUUGUC